CGUCGUCGGUUGAAAGCAUCUUUGAUUGUGAGUGUAUGGUAGCUUGGCUUCAUGCAUGCAGCCAGGCUGUGGGUGAUGUGAGAAGGCCAGUGAACCAGCCUGUAUUGAUAUCAAGCUGAGUAGCGACUACUCUUCAAACGAGUUCCAGAUUUGCACUGAGCCUUGUAAGAGCUAUCCGAGUGGAUGGCAUCCCCCUCUCUCCCUUUCUCUCUCGCUGAUGGUUGGUUGCUUUGGUAGAGAAGUCAGAACAAGCCAUAGAGAGGACAGGGACAAGACUGAGUGUCACCACACCCUCUCAUCAAAGGUGCAUUAAAGGAACUUUAUCAAGACUUGUUUGAUUUGUACACCUGAUUCACCUAAUUGCAUUUCAACUCAAUCAAGUUUGAAAACAAAAGAGUGGAGAAUGUGUCAUUCUACAAGUACGUCCCAAACUUAAUGACUUUGCUGCUGCAUUCAUUUAUUGAGCUACAUAUGGGGCUUUCCUCCUUAUUUUUAGGAGAUGAGUGCUAUGAACAUGUGAAUAUUUCAUUCCAUGAAUUGUCUCCUGUGAAAGAUCCAGGUACUGCAGGAAGUUUGUUGUUGUACAAAUAUUAAGACUUGAUAGAAGAUACAUCAGUAUGGAUGGGGCAAUGCUGAGGACCGUUUGGAGAGGCGUAUCUCUAUGUUUGUGUCUGUACCUGGUAUUGAAUACAGCACACGUAGAAGCAAGUGAAAAUAGACUAUCGUUACCACGAUGGAUGAGAAAUAUGCUACCACAGUAUAGAUCACCUAAGCAACACAGAAGUCAACAGACAAGUGUAUUGGACUGUACCAAUGUUGCUACAGGGGAAACUGUUGAAGACAGCAGAUGUGAGGGACAAAAACCCGAAAUUAGUGCCCGAAGUUGUAACAAUAUCAACUGCCCACCAAGAUGGGAAGGAGAGCCAUGGGGUGCAUGCACAGUAUCAUGUGGGGCUGGUAGCCAGACUAGAGAGGUGUACUGUGUACAGAAGAUAUCAACAAGUAUGACAGUGAGACUAUCUGACGAUAUGUGUGAUGGCUCCAGACUAGCCUCAGUACAAGCUUGUAAUGCUCAUCGCUGCCCUUACUGGAAACCUGAGCCUUGGUCACCGUGUUCAGUUAGUUGUGGCCAGGGGAUGAGCACCAGGGAUAUUGAGUGUCGCAAUCAUCGCAACCAGCUUGCUAUGGGAUGUGAUAUAGACACGAUGCCGUCCAUUACAACAGUCUGUUUCCCAGGAGUCCCUUGUCUGCCAGACAGGAAUACUGAUACACCAGAAGUUAAUAAACCUGAACUAGCGACAACGUCUCCUCUUGAGAAGAAAGAGACAGCUGAGGUGCCCAGAUACCAUGCUGGAGAAUGGAGUCCCUGCAGUACCUCCUGUGGUCCUGGUACCAGAACCCGCAGUGUGCGAUGCAAGGUCUAUCUGAAAGCCUUUGAUUCUAACUUUGACAUCAGUGACCUGGACUGUCAAGGGUUACCCCGCCCUCAUGAUGUAGAGGAAUGCCAGGAUGUAGAAUGCACCCCACCCCAGGGAGGCUCUCUCUUUGCUCCAUCUCGGUCUACUGUAGCAAUUCAAACGGAUCCAACGGAACCCAAUGUGGUCCAUCCAGAUACAGACCCCACUUUAGAGCUUGGACCAGGACCAGAUGUAGAUAUAUUUAUCUGGCGAUAUUCAGGCUAUUCUCCAUGCAGUGCUUCAUGUGUUGGAGGUGUACAGGAAUCAAUAGUGCGUUGUAUCAGUGCUUACACUGAUGAGGUCGUGAGUGAUGCUCAUUGUGAUUACAGUCAGAAGCUGCCUACCAGUCAACGCUCAUGUAAUGAAAGACCAUGUGCACCAGAAUGGAAGGUGUUCCUGUAUGGAGAAUGUUCUUCAUCUUGUGGUCUGGGAGUGAAGUACCCAUCUGAUAUAUACUGCAUCCAGAAAGCAUCCAGGACUGCCGAAGCAUCUAUCAAUAUGCUCACUGAAGAUCAAUGUACCGGACCCAAACCCAAUAACUCAUUAUCAUGCGAAACCACAUGUCCAGCUACUUGGGUGUUAGGAGAAUGGUCAGAGUGCUCAGCUACAUGUGGUCAUGGUGCAGGGAAUAAAACCAGGACUGUAUCCUGUCAGCAGUCUACUCCAUCUGGUGCAGAUAUUGAAGUAGAUAUUACCAGCUGCCCACUGCCUGUGCCUCAUACAGUAGAGGAAUGUGAUAAUGAACAAUGUCCGCCAUACUGGAUUGCAAGAUCAGCUUCACGGUGUUCUCAGAGCUGUGGUAAGGGUGUUGAGUCAGCAUCAUUGACAUGUCACCAGAUGACACCAUUAGGUGAAGAGAUUGAGUUAGAUCGCCAGCUAUGUCCUAUACCACCUCCUCCUGAUACUCAACCAUGUAAUGAAAUAGACUGCCCUGUUCAAUGGACUAUACAAACCCUCUCACAGUGUUCUGCCACCUGUGGAGUGGGAAUCCGGCUUCGAUCAGUAUUGUGUGGGAGAAUGCUUGGUAAUGGAACACAGGUAUACAUCGAUCAGGGACAUUGCAUUCCCGAAGCAAGACCAGAUGAUCAUGUGACAUGUAAUUUACCAAAAUGUAAUGAAGUUGAGAUCCUAUCUAAUCAUACUACAUACUACCAGACUGGACUGGUCAGCAAAGUGAGAUUGGUGAUUGGUCAAGAAGCGUACGUCUUUGAAUCAACCGUGGUCACUAUCAAAUGUCCAGUGGUAAACUUCAAGAAGAGCCAGCUGAUAUGGGAGAGAGGAUUGACCCCUAUAGUAGACACUGAUCCAAAGAUGAAGGUGGUGUCUGGGGGUAUACUCCGGAUCAAACACGUUGAAGAAAGAGAUUCCGGUGUGUAUGCUUGCAGAGCUGGUGAUCAAAGAGAGACUAUUACACUUCAUGUUACAUCUGGAUUUCCAACUUAUGAGAAAUCAUCGGACCAGGCCUCUUCCAAUUCUACAAACAAUGCAAAUAUAAGGUGGCAUAUGGCUGGAUGGAGUGAGUGUUCAGCUAGUUGUAAUGGCGGCUGGCAAACCAGAGAAGUGCGAUGUCUGAGGAACACUCUUCUUGGUCGAUCUAAACCAAGGGAUGCUGGACUAUGUAAGAGCUCUGGACUUGAAGAACCAAUCGGUCGUAAGGAAUGCAACAAACAUCCGUGUCACAACCAUUGGGUUGCAGAUAGUUGGUCACAGUGUACUGGAGAAUGUGUUGGUGUAAGACGAUCAUUACAGACGAGAGGAAUCUUGUGUCGUAGCCCAUCCCAAGACUUACUCUUUGAUGACCAAUGUUCAUUGGCAGCUAAACCUAUUACUGAAAGACUGUGUAUCAAUGAUGAAUGCAGGCCAAAGUGGCUUGUUACUAAAUGGAGUAGUUGUUCAUCAUCUUGUGGAGUGAAUGCUGUUCAGAAGCGUAAGAUUCGAUGCGUUACAUCUGACACCAGGGUUAGAAUGGAGAGCUCUAUCUGUGCUGCAGUCUAUGGACAACCUCCUAUCAUGAAGAAAUGCCUUCUUGGUGCCUGCCCUAAUGAGCAAUGCUCAGACGAGGGAUCAUACUGUAGUCUCGUUCACAGACUGCAGAUGUGCAACAAUCCAAGCUACCAACGUCGCUGCUGUAAAACUUGCCAAUCGUACGGCUGAUGUCUCCCGCUCAACAACCCAAACAGCAUUGCAACCGAUCACAUAUCAUGUGAACCACCUUUGACUGACCAUAUAGUAUGUGUGUACUGUAGAGCAGCCCUGUUCAUAUGCUAGAUUUAAAGCUUUAUUGGACUGUAUAUACAAGUGUUUGGAGGUACAUCUCAUUAUUAACUAAAGGGCUUUACAUGAUGAAGUAUCAGUACCUGGUUUCCAUAUCCAGUAUCAAAUCUUUUUGUUGCUCAUUUUUUAAAAUAAAAGCUGUUGAAAUUAAAGCGUUUGAUGUAUGUAUAUCUGCCAAAUUUGGUUUAUAGAAAUGAAGUGUAGAGAUUAACUCUCUGUACCUUAACCCAUACUCUAUGUCACCAAGUGUAUACAAAACAUAUCAUAAAAAAUAUAUUUUACUAGACUCCAUUUUUAAAAUAAUUAUGGUUCCUGUUUUAAUUGUUCAUCUUGAUCCAACAAUGUUCUUUGUUUUCUCACUAUACAAUUUUGAGGAAAGAGACAAGCUUUCUUAGUUCCUCCAAAUCAAAUACAACACGUAAUAAAGUUAGUAGUCACUAUGGCUCUGGAAUGUUGAUAGAAAUAGUACUGGUUUUUCAAAUUAUAAAAAAUUUAAUUAUUUUCUGAUUUAUUACACACCUGUAUAUAUUGAGCUUGAGAGGAAUGGCUCUGAUCUGAUAAUUAUUUAUAUUCAUUGUAGGUAUUACAUUUAAACUAAUGAUUAAUCCUAGAUUGCAAUUUCCGUUCAUCUAAAAAGUUCUCCCAGUAUGUUAAGAAAAUCAUGCUCUUUUCCAAAUUGUUAUCUCUGUUACUAAACAGAUCUUGCAGCGUUAUUUACAUUGAAUCUAUGUACAGAAAACUCUGUGAAUUUCAAAAGUAUAGGAAAAUAACUUUAAAGAGGGAAAUAAAGUCUGUUAAUCAAGUGAUUUUUAUAUUCAACCGGUUUUAAAAGAGCAAUGUGUAUGUAGGCAAAAAAUAUGAAAACAUUAUUUGAAAGGUGAAACCUGUACGUGUUAUCUUUUUUCUUAUUGUUUCCUGAUAUGAAGCGUCUUAUAACAAAGCUACUAAACUUUGGCUUAACUUAUCUAUGGACAUCUUGACUGCAUUUCAUUUUUCGAAACGACAAACAACUGACAUGUGAUUAACCUAUUGUAUAAUUGUCAUAUUUUACCACAUAAGAGCAUCCAAGAAUUUUAAAGCAAUUAAGCACUUUGUCAUCAGUCACUUCCUGUCAAGUUUCUCAUAAAGCAUUGUUUUCUCCCUCUUCUUACAAAGAUCCUCUUUAAUAAAAUUCACAACUUUUUUGGCCUAUAUUAUUAAAGAUAAAGACCAGUUAUGGUCAUGCGAUUGCAUUGCGAAAGAAAC